AUGGCGGAUGGGACUGAAGCACAAGAGAGGCUCAAGAAACUGUGCGAACUGUGGGAGAAGGUCGCAGACAUAGCAGGGAAUCCAACAGUCGACUUUUUCUCGAAGAACUUAUGGGAAACGGUUCCUGAGAUAUGGAGGGAGGAGUUGUUGUCCAUGGACGACGAGGAGCUAAGACUCCUUCAUGGCCUGAAGCUGAGGAGCAAAGAGCGGGGAGGAUCGGAUGGAAGUUCCGUGGGAGAGCAGCCCUUUCACGACUUUGUUCGAACGGCGUCGGAACUUUGCGUUGAUCGGGCGUACGAUUGGCACAUGGAGGUUGAGAAUAUUCACGAGCCGUCGGAGAGAGUUUGUGUAGGAUCGCAAGACAUGAGGGAUGUUGUCUUCGUGGAUAAGAAGUGGCACAAGGGGAUGAACGAGAAGAAGCGGGAGGAGAUCCGCGGGAUGAGAGACAUAGUUGUUGUGCUUGCAAAUGCCCAUGGCAUCUCCCUAGCUGUUGACGUUGGGGCUGGGAAGGGAUAUCUAUCUCAUUGCCUUGGAGUCUCCGGGCUGAGGUGA